AUGUGGUUGGAAAAUAAUGAAGCUGACAUUCCUUAAGAUUAUGGCAAACUCAAACAAUAAAACAUUAAAUUGAGAAAUGAGUUGAAGCAAAUAAACGAGUUUCUAUCGAAGUAAAUUGAGAAAAAAUAGGAUCAACAAAUUAGUUAAAGACACUAAUUGAAUACCACCGUAGAUUUAAGAGAAGACACUCUCAAAGCAGAAUUGCUCAAUGCUUAAAAAUAAAUAAAGAUUUAAUUGAAACAAAUUUAAAUUCUAUAAAAUAGACAAGAAUUGCUAUCAUUGGAUAACAUUGUUCAAUUGUAAUCGUAAGUUAAGAAAUUAAUGGACAAAGUAAAAGAACUUGAACAAGAAAAUAAGAUCUUGAUUAGCAUAAAUGGAAAACAGGAAAAAAAGUUAGUUGAACUAUCUCAAGAUGAUUAUGUAAAGAAUCGAAUUGAUUAAUUGGAAUCGGAAAAUUAAUUUCUAAAAUAGAAAGUAAUUGCUCAAAGUAAGGCUGAACGAUCGUAAUCUGUUUAAAUAACAAAAGUUGAACCAAUCUUGAAACCUAUUUAAUUAAGUCAGAAGUAAUAAGAGUUAAUGAAAGAAAAGGAUCUAUUUAUUUCUUAAAUGCAAACAAAAUUAUAGGAAUAGGACAAGCAUAUCAACAUUUUGAAGAAUCUAAAGAACUAAUACGAUAAACAAAUUGGUCACAUGGCUCAUAGAAUUAAAUAACUUGAAACCCAAUUGUUGAUAUUGGGUCAACAAUUAUAAGAUAAAAAUUCAGAAUUGAACAAAAAGAACCAUUUAUUGCCAAAUCUAAGUGCUAGAAAUCAAAGAAAUCAAUAACAAAGGAUCAACUUGAGUGUUGAUAAUGGUUUAGUUGAUUAGCCUAAAACUCAAAUUUAAAUAAAUUAACAAUAUUCAAAAUUGCCCUCUGAAGUUUAAUCUAAACGCUAACCAACUUUAGAUCUAUCAUCACAAACAUUACGAAGCUAAAAUCACAUAAAUAAUGAAUAGAAUCAAGAUAUGAAAAUACUCAGAAUUGAAUAAGUAGGGUAAAAGAAUUAAUAGGAAUUUCAUUCUGAUAUCCCAUAAUAUUUUAGAUUACAUAAUCUUAAAUUAUGGUGGAAGGAGGAUUAUUUAUAAGGUUUGCAGGCUUAUUAUCAUAAUGCUAAUUAGAUCGUAAAUGGUUAAAUAUUCUGUUUGAGCAAUUUAGAAGAAUUAAAUCAAUAAUCUUUUGAAUUACAUUAAUCAGACUGGAUUCAUUAAAUUGGAUUUGGUUUUGAAAACGAUAAAAUAAAAUUUGUUAAGAUAAUCUCAAAUUAAAAUUGUGUAUUGAAAUUUGGUUCCGAAAUGGAGAAAAUUCAAGAAAUUUGUUCAGGGAAAAAUGAAAUAAUGGGAACUAUUGAAGUCUCAUUUAAUUAAUCAAGUAUAGGCCUUAAGGUAUACGACGAGAAAUUAUUUGAUAAAAUAUGA